AAUUUUGUAACUCUCAACAGCAGCCACGUACACGUUUCCGAUCACACAGAUUCAUUCGCUUGCAAACUACUCAUCCAAAUCCAAACCCACCACUGAUUUCUCCGCACUUUUGCAAUCACUCCCUAUCUAUGGCGACCUCAAACCUACACAUCUUCCUUCUUCUUUCCCUCUUUUUUGCCCUAAUUUUCACAACAACUCAAGCUGAUAGCCCCGUUGAAGAACCUGCACUUCGAUCCGACAACUCAGACACUCUCCGAUCCGAAUUGGAUAAACUCAGUUCGAAGAUCCAUUCACUCGAAUUACUUGUUGAGGAGAAGAAUCACGAGUUGAAAAGCAAAGAUGAGACGAUUGCUUGGACGGAGAAGGAAACUGCGGAGAAAGAGAAGAUUAUUUUAGAAAAGUCGGAUAGUAUUACAUCGUUGAAAAACGAAGUAGCUUCACUUGAGGGUGAAGCGUCAUUGCAUGCUAAUGAGCAGGUUAAAAAGGCGCAUAUGCGCGUUCAUGAAUUGGAGAAGGAGUUGGAAAAACUUCAAACGGAGAUAAAGUUGAAGAAUGACUUAAGGGGGACCUUGGAAACUCGCACAAAAGAGUUGGAGAAGAAAACGGUUGAUCUAAACUCAAAGCUUAACGAUCUUCAACAAGUCGCUGACGAACAGAAGAGAAAACUUCAUAAAACUGAGCGUGCUCUAAAAAUUGCUGAGGAAGAACUUAAGAAGGCUAAAUUUGAAGCGACAUCGAAAAUUAAAGAACUGACUGAGGUCCAUAGUGCAUGGCUGCCACCUUGGCUUGCAGCCCGUUUGGCUGGUUUUCAGUCUUAUGCGGAUAACCACUGGAAAGAACAUGGAAAACCUGCUUUUGAGUCACUUAAGCAAAAGGCCUUUGAGAAAAAGGCACAAGCUGACAAAUGGGCUGAACCUCAUGUUCAGACAAUCAAAACUAAAUGGAUCCCAGCUGCCAGGGAACAAUGGGUGUUGGUGGUAACUAACGUCGAACCGCAACUACAAUCAUUAACCAAGAAGACCAAAGAGGUUUAUAUUCAGUCUAAGGAUGCUAUAACUCCACAUGUGAUCAAAAUUAAGGAAGUUGUAGACCCUCACUUUCAGACUGUCAAGAAGGUCUCCAAGCCGUACAUUGACCAGAUUGCCACUGCAACAAAGCCUCAUCUUGAUAAAGCUCGGGAAACAGUGGCACCUUACACAAAGGAGGCGGUUAUUGCUUAUGGGAAGUUUCUUGAAUCAGCUACUAAAUAUCAUCAUCAGGUUCAAGUUGCGGUUGAAGAAUCACUGAAAAAGCAUGAUAUUAGCAGUGCUCUUGCAACUAAGGAGUUGGUUUGGUUUACUGCCUCUGCAUUGUUGGUGCUGCCUAUUUUAAUCCUAUUCAAAACUUUGUCAGCAAUCUUUUUCAAAAAGGCUAAAAGACCAACUCGCAAUCCCAACCAACCACGUCGCAAGGCCAAACGUGCACAUCCCGACAAGUAAUAGUAAUACACAGAAAGACCAAUGCUUUUCUUCACACGUGAAUUUAAGAUAGAAGUGAUAGUUUCUGCAUGGAGUGUCUGUAAAGGCUGUUGUUGUAUGUUUGUAAUGCAUAGAGAAAUCCAGAAAGUAAGGAAGAAUAGCGAGUAUAAUAGAGGUGUGUAUCAUAGUCAUUGUGGUUGGUGUUAGUAACUUAUUAAUUUGCUUCAAAUGUGGGUUUAGGUAAUUUAUUGAGACUACUAGAAUGACUUUUUAUUUUAUUUUUACUUGAAGCUUUAUCCAGUUAUAGCCCAAUA